CACGCACACACACACACACACGCGGCGCCGGGAGGGAGGGAGGGAGGCAGCGCGGCACAGUCAGACGGGCGAGCCAAGGGGAGAGAUGAGGAUCGGCGCCGUCGGGGGCAACGGGAGCCCUCUCGCCCACGCACGGGGGGCAGCCCGGCACCCCACAGCCGGACACCCCUGGCCCCGCACCGGGGUUUGCGGACGCUCCGCCGCUACCUGCUACCGGGACAGAGCCAGCACCCAGGGGCAUUGUGUAAUCUACCCCUGUGACCAUAUCAACUGAGACCCCUUCUCUGACUCUGCUCCCACACCAGGAAUACUUUCUCUCUUCCUAUACAUUCUCUCUCCUGCCAGGAAGAAAGAAUUAGUGGAGCAGCGGAAUACAGCACUCGUACAUUGCAGAUUUUCAGAGGGGAGUUUCCACUGUUGUUCACAAUGCACAGAGCCACAUGGGCUGAACAUCAGAGAGACCAUGGACAGCAUGAUCACACUUACCUGCAUUGCCUUCCUUUGACCUCUGCCCACAACUCCUAAAGUUAUCAGCACUGACAGUAAGGAGGCAUCUUGCCUGGAAAAACCCUGGGUGCUGUCUGACUGGGAGGCAUCUAGGUCCAUGGGGCUUGCUAACAUCCAUUGAAAAGACCUUGGCUGAGGAGAACAACAUCCUUCGUUCUUGGGCAGACCUGGAUUUUGAUGUCUGAGACAAGAACUAGACUGGAUGAUGGGGCCCUCUGCUCCAUUGAUUUUUGGCGAUAAUUGAGCAAAGAAACGUUUUCAAGAAGGCUUUCAGAGAAAGCCGCUUUAUCAAAAGCUUUUCCUGGGACAAUACUUAGAGCACAGUUGAGUUUGGAUGGUGAGACAUUUUAGCAAAGGUUCUGUUAUCUAACUGUGUACAACAUGGCCGCAGGGGUGGCAACAUGGCUGCCCUUUGCCCGGGCAGCAGCUGUGGGCUGGCUCCCACUGGCCAAGAAGCCCAUGCCGAAGCCUCCUGCUGACAAGAAACGCCGCAACGAUGAGAUCUUGGUGGUCAACGUCAGCGGGAAACGCUUCCAGACUUGGAAGAACACCUUGGACCGUUAUCCAGAUACCCUGCUGGGCAGCUCAGAGAAGGAAUUCUUCUUUGAUGAAGACAGCAAGGAGUACUUCUUUGACCGCGACCCAGAGAUGUUCCGCCAUAUCCUCAACUUCUACCGCACUGGCAGACUCCAUUACCCCCGCCAGGAGUGCAUACAGGCCUUCGAUGAAGAGUUGUCAUUCUACGGUAUCAUCCCAGAGCUCAUCGGCGACUGCUGCCUGGAGGAAUAUCGUGACCGCAAGAAGGAGAAUGCCGAGCGCCUCGCUGAGGAUGAAGAAGCAGAGAUGACCAAUGACACGGGCCUGCCUCCGGACAGCACCUUCCGCCAGCGGCUCUGGAGAGCGUUCGAGAACCCCCACACCAGCACCAUGGCUUUGGUCUUCUAUUAUGUGACUGGGUUCUUCAUUGCCGUGUCAGUCAUUGCCAAUGUGGUGGAGACCAUCCCAUGCCGGCCCUCUCCCGGGAGGAAGAAGAACUUGCCCUGUGGAGAUCGGUUCCCCAAGGCUUUCUUCUGCAUGGACACAGCUUGCGUCCUCAUCUUCACCUUUGAGUAUCUCAUGCGCCUCUUUGCCGCCCCAAGCCGAUUCAAGUUCAUGAAGAGCGUGAUGAGCAUCAUUGACGUGGUUGCCAUCAUGCCCUAUUACAUUGGGCUGGUGAUGCCAGAAAACGAGAAUGUCAGCGGGGCCUUCGUGACGCUGAGGGUGUUCCGCGUCUUCCGUAUCUUCAAGUUCUCGCGCCACUCGCAAGGGCUGCGGAUCCUGGGAUACACCCUCAAGAGCUGUGCCUCUGAGCUGGGCUUCCUGCUCUUUUCGCUCACCAUGGCCAUCAUAAUCUUUGCCACUGUUAUGUUCUAUGCUGAGAAGGGCACUGCGUCCACCAACUUCACCAGCAUCCCAGCUGCCUUCUGGUACACCAUCGUCACCAUGACCACACUUGGCUAUGGUGAUAUGGUCCCGAGCACCAUUGCAGGGAAGAUCUUCGGUUCCAUCUGCUCUCUGAGCGGGGUGCUGGUCAUCGCCCUCCCUGUACCUGUCAUCGUCUCCAACUUCAGCCGCAUCUACCACCAGAACCAGCGGGCAGAUAAGCGGCGAGCUCAACAGAAAGUUCGCCUGGCCCGGAUCCGCCUCGCCAAGAGCGGCACCACCAACGCUUUCCUUCAGUACAAGCAGAACGGGGGCCUCGAGGACAGAGACCCUGAUGCUCACGUCUUGGCUGUGCGUAACCGAUCAGCCUUUGAAAUGCAACACCAUCAUUUGUUGCACUGCCUGGAGAAAACUACUAGUCACGAGUUUACGGAUGAGCACUCCUACAGCGAGUUUUGCCUGACGGAACCCCUGGGCUACCGCACCAGCCGCAGCACCUCCCUCUCCUCCCAGCAAGGCGGCAAAGGGGGCCUAAGCACCUCGUGCUGCCCCCGCCGGACCAAGCGCCGCACCACCCGCCUAACCAACUCCACCAUGUCAGUGAGCCGCACCAGCGCUCAGGAGCUCGAUACGCUAAACAGCCAGAAAAGUGCUGCCCCCCAGAGCCGCUCCAACCUGAACGCCAAGACCCACGACAACUUGAAGCUGAACUGUGACACCACAGACUUCACAGCAGCCAUCAUCUGCAUCCCCACCCCUCCUGCCAACACGCCGGAUGAGAGCCAGCCCCCGUCUCCCGGAGGCCCUGGCGGACCCCUGCGCAACUCCAGCCUGUCCACCCCCUACAUACUGCACGAGACGGUCAAGAUCUCCUCCUUGUAAGGGGAGACUGGGGCGGGGCGGGGUACUUGUCCCGACUCCCUCCUCUGCCCAGAGUGGCUGCUGGCUGCCUGGGUCCUGCUUACGAGCCGGGGACGGGGUCCUCUGCCCGUGCCUCCCACCCCGCCCGUCGAACUGCAAGCUGGAGGAGGGCAGCAGGGGGCGUGUGUCGCGCAGUCCUUUCCUCAGAGGCGAUAUCGUUGGCCACCAACAGGGGGAGCUGGCGCACGAGGGGGAGUUCCGAUGCCCGCCCAGCUCCCCCUCUACAAUCAAAGCCAUAUAGGAGGGGAGGUGGGUCCCCGAUGCUAUGCAACCGCAAAGGGGUGGAGCGAUGCGGGGGGGACUGGGUUCCGAUAGGUGGACCUCAGUGGUAAUAGGGAAC